AUGCACGGGGACCACUCGGACAACUACGAGCGCCUGCUGGACCCGUUCGGACAGGCCUGUGAAGCCAGCGAGGCCAUAGAACUGGAACCGUGUAAUGAUGGUGUAAUUCGCAGGCCGGAGACGGGCGCCACGUUCGCGUACCUGGAGGCGUCAGAGGGCGCGUGGUACCGCGCGCGGCGCCUGGGCGCGGCGCGCGCGGCGCUGCUGGACGCGGCGCGGCUCGUGCGCCUGGCGCCCGGCGCCGCCGCCCGCCGCCUGCCGCGGGACUUCGCCGCCAUACCCGAGUUCUGCGCGCACCUCGCCAACCACAACGUGCAGCUAAAAGACCAAGUGCAAUGCACAGUAGUGUCCAAAUCGGGCGAGACCCUCAACGUGUCCCUCGUGAACCUGGAGACGGGCGCGGCGCUCGGCUCCGGCACCGUGCGGCGCUGGCUGCCGCGCCUCGACACGCCGGCAGCUGCACCUGCUGCACCUCCCGCUGCUGCAGUUGCUGCACCUCCUGCUGUUGCAGCUGCUGCACCUCCUGCUGCCGCGCCCGCUCAGCCUGCUGCACCGAGUGGUCCCGCGCCGCCGCCGCAGGUGAGCCGGCCGGCCGUCAGCCACGGCGGCAGCUACGUGCUGGUGGACGCCGCGGCGCCCGAGCGCGUGUUCGUGCGGCCCGCCGCCAGGGGCCCGCAGGCCGAGUUCGACGAGAUCGUGUGUGAGGUGGCGCUGUACGGUGCCGCAGAAGACACGCCGCGGCUGAAGGAGCUGCCCCAGGCGGGGCAGACGGUGGUGGCGCGCUUCACGGACGGCCACCACUACCGCGCGCUCGUGCAGCGCGUCAGCUCCAAGCACCGGCGCUGCCUGCUCGAGUACAUCGAGUACGGUGAGUGUUGCUGACACCUACUGAUACUGGACAAUAACCUGAAGGAGCUGCCCCAGGCGGGGCAGACGGUGGUGGCGCGCUUCACGGACGGCCACCACUACCGCGCGCUCGUGCAGCGCGUCAGCUCCAAGCACCGGCGCUGCCUGCUCGAGUACAUCGAGUACGGUGAGUGUUGCUGACACCUACUGAUACUGGACAAUAACCUGAAGGAGCUGCCCCAGGCGGGGCAGACGGUGGUGGCGCGCUUCACGGACGGCCACCACUACCGCGCGCUCGUGCAGCGCGUCAGCUCCAAGCACCGGCGCUGCCUGCUCGAGUACAUCGAGUACGGUGAGUGUUGCUGACACCUACUGAUACUGGACAAUAACCUGAAGGAGCUGCCCCAGGCGGGGCAGACGGUGGUGGCGCGCUUCACGGACGGCCACCACUACCGCGCGCUCGUGCAGCGCGUCAGCUCCAAGCACCGGCGCUGCCUGCUCGAGUACAUCGAGUACGGUGAGUGUUGCUGACACCUACUGAUACUGGACAAUAACCUGAAGGAGCUGCCCCAGGCGGGGCAGACGGUGGUGGCGCGCUUCACGGACGGCCACCACUACCGCGCGCUCGUGCAGCGCGUCAGCUCCAAGCACCGGCGCUGCCUGCUCGAGUACAUCGAGUACGGUGAGUGUUGCUGACACCUACUGAUACUGGACAAUAACCUGAAGGAGCUGCCCCAGGCGGGGCAGACGGUGGUGGCGCGCUUCACGGACGGCCACCACUACCGCGCGCUCGUGCAGCGCGUCAGCUCCAAGCACCGGCGCUGCCUGCUCGAGUACAUCGAGUACGGUGAGUGUUGCUGACACCUACUGAUACUGGACAAUAACCUGAAGGAGCUGCCCCAGGCGGGGCAGACGGUGGUGGCGCGCUUCACGGACGGCCACCACUACCGCGCGCUCGUGCAGCGCGUCAGCUCCAAGCACCGGCGCUGCCUGCUCGAGUACAUCGAGUACGGUGAGUGUUGCUGACACCUACUGAUACUGGACAAUAACCUGAAGGAGCUGCCCCAGGCGGGGCAGACGGUGGUGGCGCGCUUCACGGACGGCCACCACUACCGCGCGCUCGUGCAGCGCGUCAGCUCCAAGCACCGGCGCUGCCUGCUCGAGUACAUCGAGUACGGUGAGUGUUGCUGACACCUACUGAUACUGGACAAUAACCUGAAGGAGCUGCCCCAGGCGGGGCAGACGGUGGUGGCGCGCUUCACGGACGGCCACCACUACCGCGCGCUCGUGCAGCGCGUCAGCUCCAAGCACCGGCGCUGCCUGCUCGAGUACAUCGAGUACGGUGAGUGCUGCUGACACCUACUGAUACUGGACAAUAACCUGAAGGAGCUGCCCCAGGCGGGGCAGACGGUGGUGGCGCGCUUCACGGACGGCCACCACUACCGCGCGCUCGUGCAGCGCGUCAGCUCCAAGCACCGGCGCUGCCUGCUCGAGUACAUCGAGUACGGUGAGUGUUGCUGACACCUACUGAUACUGGACAAUAACCUGAAGGAGCUGCCCCAGGCGGGGCAGACGGUGGUGGCGCGCUUCACGGACGGCCACCACUACCGCGCGCUCGUGCAGCGCGUCAGCUCCAAGCACCGGCGCUGCCUGCUCGAGUACAUCGAGUACGGUGAGUGUUGCUGACACCUACUGAUACUGGACAAUAACCUGAAGGAGCUGCCCCAGGCGGGGCAGACGGUGGUGGCGCGCUUCACGGACGGCCACCACUACCGCGCGCUCGUGCAGCGCGUCAGCUCCAAGCACCGGCGCUGCCUGCUCGAGUACAUCGAGUACGGUGAGUGUUGCUGACACCUACUGAUACUGGACAAUAACCUGAAGGAGCUGCCCCAGGCGGGGCAGACGGUGGUGGCGCGCUUCACGGACGGCCACCACUACCGCGCGCUCGUGCAGCGCGUCAGCUCCAAGCACCGGCGCUGCCUGCUCGAGUACAUCGAGUACGGUGAGUGUUGCUGACACCUACUGAUACUGGACAAUAACCUGAAGGAGCUGCCCCAGGCGGGGCAGACGGUGGUGGCGCGCUUCACGGACGGCCACCACUACCGCGCGCUCGUGCAGCGCGUCAGCUCCAAGCACCGGCGCUGCCUGCUCGAGUACAUCGAGUACGGUGAGUGUUGCUGACACCUACUGAUACUGGACAAUAACCUGAAGGAGCUGCCCCAGGCGGGGCAGACGGUGGUGGCGCGCUUCACGGACGGCCACCACUACCGCGCGCUCGUGCAGCGCGUCAGCUCCAAGCACCGGCGCUGCCUGCUCGAGUACAUCGAGUACGGUGAGUGUUGCUGACACCUACU